UGCAGCGUCGUUCAGUUUGUGACGUGGAUUUUCAAUCAGGCAGUCAGUGGAUCCAAAAAUCUGACUUUUCGGUGUUUUGGAGAUUUUCCAUAAAAUUUUCUGUAGUGAGAACGUUGGGGACGUUUAUUUUUUUCAGCAUUCAUUCCACUGGAAUUCUGUAUUUGGCAGCUUUUAUAACAGAGAGCAGAAUGAGUAAAAACAGCAAAGUGUUGAACCUGAAGGAUAAAAUCAGUGGGAAUGAAGUGGACCUGAGCCUGUGUAACCUCACAGAGGUUCCAGUCAGGGAGCUGGCUGCAUACCCCAAAGCAACUGUUCUGGAUUUGUCUUGCAACAACAUCAUUUCCCUUCCUCCAGAAUUCUGCAACCUGAACCAUUUGGUGAAGGUGGAUCUGAGUAAAAACCAGCUGAGCAGCCUGCCGGAGGAUGUGGGGAACCUGAUCAACCUCCAGCACCUAGACCUGUACAACAACAAGCUGAGCGUCUUGCCAGUCAGCUUCUCUCAGCUCAGGAGUCUGAAGUGGCUGGAUUUGAAGGACAACCCGCUGGAGCCCACCCUGGCCAAAGCAGCGGGAGACUGUCUGGAUGAAAAGCAGUGCAAACAGUGCGCCACCAGGGUUCUGCAGCAUAUGAGAGCCAUUCAGGACGAGGUAGACCAUGCACGAGAGAAACGCCUUUUGAGGGAAAGAGAGCUGGAGAAGAAAAAGGAGGCGAGGCAGAGGGAGCGGGAGGCCAGAGAGAAGGAGGCUCGUAAAAGGGAGAAGGCAGAAGAGAAGGAGAAGCGGAGGAAAGAGUAUAACGCUCAGGUGGCUGCCUUGGCUGCACAGGAGCAACAGAAGAAGAAGAACGAUGAGAAGAAGAAGAAGAAGAAUGGACAGACAGCAGUUAAAAAGGUCACCAUGGAAACGGUGCCUAAACCUCAAUGGUCUUUCACUGGCCUGAUAUUCAAGUUCAUCCUCCUGCUGCUGCUGGGAUUGGCUGGAGCUGUAUGCAUUUGCCAGCUGACCAACCUGCGGCACGAAUCUAUUUGUGUUCCAGUUAACGUCGCUGUGGACAAUGGCCUAUCGUGGGCCUGGGAGCAGGAGGGUGUGGUUAGAGAAUUGGUGCAGAAUCUGUCUUUUAAGGUGAAAGAGCUGGUUGAACCUGCAACCGCAUCCAAAAACUAACUCGACAGGCUGAUUUCCACCUUUACCCAUCAUUUGUAUCCCCCCCCCUUAAACUGAUUCAUGAAUCCCUUUAGGGUGAGCAACCUCGUGUCCCUUUGCCCUGUUUUUGUGGUGCUGGGAGGUGAAGUCUGUACAAAUUAGAUGUGCAAAACUCAUCUUAAAUUCCUAUGGAAUUGUUGUUGCUCUGACUCUCUUCAUACAAAGAUGUUUUUAUAGAUGCAGUCUUAAAUGACACCCUGCUGACCGAGUUCCAGUGUGUAGGACCGGCAGCACCACGUGCGUCACACAGUGAGCGGGCUGGAUUUGAGAAACGCUGAGUAAAAUGUCAGGCAGCCGUGUUUGUGCUGCACUGACAUGUAAAGUCAGUAGUGUGAAUGUAAAACAGAGCCUUUUAUAUGAUUCUAUCACUCAAACCAGCUAAAUCACACCAAAAUAUUCUCAAAGUGCAUUAUGCAAAUUGACCAGGCGUGGUGUUGUGAGGGUGUCUGCAUGCAAACAAAGCUGCUUUGGUGGUCUGCUGCACUAGUUCAUGUACAGAUGUGUCCAUGAUCGAGCAUCAGUAAUAAUAAAAAAAUCAUUUA